GACGAGAAUCAGGGGAGUUUAUUAGUCUAGUUUUAUCAGUGUAUGAUGAGGCCCCUUCUGAAAAAUGCUUGUAAAACACCAAGGCCCUCUGUAACAAAGAAUGCUCAUUUCUGAAGCUGCUCAUAUGCUGUCCAUACAUUCUCACUUACUGGGAUGCCUUUUCUCCACUCAUAUGGUUCAAAUGAUGUGACGCCACCAGAGUCAUCCUAUAUUACAGUAACUAAUUAGCUUUGAUGUCAAGGGUCUUGGGGUUUGUGCAGAUUGUAUUAAAGUCUUGUCUGAUGUUAUAGAUAUACACAUAAAGUACAAAUAAUCAGCUACACAUUAUGUUGCCCGACUUUCCGCAGAAGGUGCUGUGUCAGCUCGCUACAGAAGAAGACGAUGCUGCAGCGCAGGCAUUAAUGAAGCGAACGGGUGUACCACCUAAAGAGUACCAUGUCAAAGUACUUAGGAAGAUGGUGUCAAUGCUGCAGGAAAACAUUGGGAACAGCUGCAGUUCUUUGGUCGACAUUAAUCAAAGGUGUUCGUGUGACAACCUUCUGGCAGCGUCAGAGGCUUGUGUCCCCCUGGUCUCUCUCCCCGAGGCGGCUCCUCUCAUCAGAGCUCUGUUGCAGCAGCCAGCAACUUGUGUCAGGGCAGCACUCAGUCAAGACUUCCUGGACGCUCUGACCUCUGCCUACUCCAGUAAAUGCGUGUUAUUGGAGGAGCAGGAAGUAGUCUCGAUGUGGUAUCAUAGCCUGUCCAGUCUGGAGGAGGCAGUGCUCAGUUUUCUGGAGUGUGUUCUCCCCAACACAGGUUACACACCACAGGAGCUGAAGCGGCAACUGGCACAAUCCUUGCUG